AUGGAAGUCGUUGACGCUAGCUCGAAUGGUUGCGGGCAACUCGUAGUGGUAGUGGAAGUGAAAGCCGGAAGCCAAACAACGCCUCCGGAAAGUGACGACGCUCUUCGGCGCGUCUCAGUCUUCCGCUGUCGUGCCAAGGUCUCUCUCGUUCCGCCGUUCGUUCCCCACCAACCCCACACCCUCGUCGUACUCAUGGCCAGCACGAAGCUCGCCACACUGAUCAUCAGAACCAUCGCAAAACCAAUAUCAGGUCGGCUGAAGGAGCAGGCGCGACAACACGAACGCUUCCGAACGAUAUGCGUCGACCUCGCGCAGUUCAUGUAUCGCUCCGAGGUGAAGCUGCGCACGAACAUCCUCGGAGAGCCUGCGAGGCAUAUCCGGCCAUUGUCUGAAGCCAAGGCAAUUGAGAACGGCGCCAACUUCCUCGCUGAAGGCUUCCUAUUUAGCGUCGCCGCGAGCCUUAUCAUCGGAGAAACAUGGCGCAGCUCGCGGAAUCAGUCCAAACGGCGGGACAGCGUCGAUGACUCCUUGGAGGACCUCGGCGAGCGAAUAGCAGCUCUGAACACGCGGGUGGACGACCUUGUGAAGGUGUGGGAGGAAGAGAGGGGCGCGGAGAGGCAGAGGAACGACGAGCUCUCGCGGAUCCUCGAACGCGUCGUUGAAAUUGGCCUGCGGGGCGGGUGGGCGGAAUUCCAAGAUACACCACUGCAGCUACCGCGCAUACAGCUAUCUCCUCACCUACGUCCCUCCUCAGUCAACACUUUACCGGAACCGACACUUGCCACGGCGGCUUCAGAACCGUCGGAACCGCACCUCUCGUCUACAGAGACGCCCGCUGUGCUAGGGAAGGAGACUCCGAACGCGGAGUCAUAG